AUGUGGGCGUUGUUCAUUUGGGUUUCUCUGCUUCUCAUAAGCAUCACACAUUGGGUAUACUGGAAAAAUCCCAAAUGCAGAGGGAAGCUUCCACCUGGCUCCAUGGGUUUUCCUCUACUCGGAGAGACUAUCCAGUUCUUCAAGCCAAACACAACUUCAGACAUCCCUCCUUUUAUCAAAGAAAGGGUUAAGAAGUAUGGUCCCAUUUUCAAGACCAAUCUAGUGGGGAGACCAGUUAUUGUAUCUACAGAUCCUGAUAUGAGCUACUUUGUGUUUCAACAAGAGGGUCGGUGUUUCCAGAGUUGGUAUCCAGACACAUUUACAAACAUCUUUGGGAGAAAGAAUGUGGGUUCACUACAUGGGUUUAUGUACAAGUACCUUAAAAGCAUGGUCUUGACUCUCUUUGGCUAUGAUGGUCUCAAGAAGAUGCUUCCUCAAGUUGAGCUGACUGCAAAUAAUAGAUUAGAGCUUUGGUCAAAUCAUGAAUCAGUAGAACUCAAAGAUUCAACCGCAAGUAUGAUAUUUGAUCUCACCGCGAAGAAGUUGAUAAGCCAUGAUCCAGACAAGUCAUCAGAAAAUCUAAGGGCUAACUUCGUAGCUUUCAUUCAAGGACUCAUCUCAUUCCCUUUUAACAUUCCAGGCACAGCUUACCACAAAUGUCUUAAGGGUAGGGAAAAUGCAAUGAAAAUGUUGAGGAACAUGCUUCAGGAGAGGCGUAAGAAACCACGCAAGAUUCCAAGUGACUUCUUUGAUUAUGUCAUUGAAGAGAUUCAGAAAGAGGGGACGAUUCUGACAGAAGAGAUAGCACUGGAUCUAAUGUUUGUAUUGCUAUUUGCCAGCUUUGAAACAACUUCUCUUGCUUUAACUUUAGCUAUCAAGUUCCUUUCAGAUGACCCUGAAGUUCUAAAGCGUUUAACGGAAGAACAUGAGAUGAUUCUGAGAAACCGGGAAAAUGUAGACUCUGGACUUACAUGGGAAGAAUACAAGUCAAUGACUUACACAUUUCAGCAGUUCAUAAACGAAACAGCAAGAUUAGCUAAUAUAGUUCCUGCAAUCUUCAGAAAGGCGUUGAUAGACAUAAAAUAUAAAGAUUAUACAAUACCAGCAGGCUGGGCGGUGAUGGUCUGUCCACCAGCUGUACAUUUGAAUCCAAAAAAGUACGAAGAUCCCUUAGUCUUCAACCCAUCAAGAUGGGAGGAAUCAAAUGCUAACAACGCAUCAAAGCACUUCAUGGCGUUUGGUGGUGGAAUGAGGUUCUGUGUUGGAACUGACUUCACUAAAUUGCAAAUGGCUGUGUUUCUUCACAGCCUGGUUACAAAAUACAGGUGGGAGGAGAUUAAAGGAGGGAAUAUAGUUCGAACUCCAGGAUUACAGUUUCCAAACGGUUACCAUGUCAGACUCCACAGAAAAAUACACUAA